AUGUUAUUCGCAAUGAUAGGCCACUGGAUCAUGGUUGGGAAACCAAAAUAUGACAGAAUGAAGUCAGGGCAGACCAUACCAUUUAUCUCUGAUAUAGGAGCUGGGGAACUAAAGCCAUUGUUCAUGAUCGGAUGUAUCGUCACCAUGCUGUUUCUAAACAUGGCUUUCUAUCAAUCUUUGCAUUUCAAGGGAAAUGCAAACCAGGUCUGCACAUAUAUUUCAUCUCUCUUCACAGUUAUUGGGAGCCUUGGAUUGAUCAUGUUAUCAGCUUUUGAUAACAUUGAUCACCAAUUUGCCCAUGAUACUUUUGUGACCAUAUUCAUGUAA